CGGGCCCUCCAGUCCCUUCGCGCGUCACCACCCUCCCUCCGUCAUCACCACCUCCCACUACGCACAUGUCAUACAACUAGAGUUUUUCACAAACUGUGGGUACGGGUACCGCCUCGGUGGAGUACGCGAAGACGGCCGCCCCUUUCGCCACGGCGACUUGCGAUGCCACCGUCGACGCCCGCGCGCGCCUUGUACCGGCCGGCCCAAAGCGCGGUACCUUGUUCCCGUCAGCAAGGGGGCCCGACACACACGGGUCUGGGCAGGGCAGACGGCAUGUGGGCUGGGCUGGGCUGGGCUGGGCUGGGUACCUACGUGGAAGUAGUAGUUGGCGAGGGGAUAUCCAUCUUUUUUCCAAUGGACCCAGCGACGGGCCCCACGCGGGGAUGGGCCAUGUCUGCCCUCGUCUCGUGUUGCAGCCACAUCAUGGGAGUCUGAGUAAGGAUGCCCUCGAGCGAUUAUAAAGGCUUCAUGCCCUCCCACCGUUCUUGACGGUAGAUCUCUUCUCUAUCAAACCAUCAACCCACGCCUCCCAUCAUCUUCUAUCCUCUCCACCGGUCCACCAAGUUUCCACACUCACUCUCUGUUGAACCAAACCAUCACCACCGACCAGAGGGAAAGAUUCACCGUCACCACCGCCGCCAUCAUGGAGCCCAAGCAGAGAGCCGCCUUUUACCGCAAGGUCUCCCAGGCCAAGAUGGAGUUUGACGACAUCUCCAUGCCCUCGGAUGGCACAACUUCUCCCAGUUCGCCCGACCUGGCUUCGGACAGCUCUCGCGCUGUCAGUGUCUCGAGCAUCCCCACGCCCAACUCCCCCGUCGACCCGGCCCACGUCGCCGACUCCUUCGUCUUUGCGUUCGACAUUGACGGCGUCCUCGUCCGCGGCGGCAAGGCCAUCCCCGAGGCCAUCCAGGCCAUGCGGGUCCUCAACGGCGAGAACGAGUUCGGCCUCCAUAUCCCUCAUAUCUUCCUCACAAAUGGCGGCGGCAAGACCGAGGAGGAGCGCUGCGGCGACCUGUCUCGCCAGCUCCUCCAGGACAUCAAGCCCGGCCAAUUCAUCUGCGGCCACACACCUAUGAGGGAAAUGGCCAACAAGUACAAGACGGUCCUUGUCGUUGGUGGCGAGGGCGAGAAGUGCCGCCACGUCGCUGAGGGCUAUGGCUUCAAGGACGUUGUCACGCCGGGCGACAUCAUCAAGGCCGACUCCGCCACCACCCCGUUCCGCAAGCUCACCGAUGAGGAGCAUGCCAACUCCCGUGACCGCAACUUUGACGACGUCGUCAUCGACGCCGUUUUCGUCUUCGCCGACUCCCGCGACUGGGCUGGCGACAUCCAGAUCAUGCUCGACCUCGCCAUGUCCAAGGGCGGCCGCCUAGGCACCCGCAGCGAGACCAUGGACGAGGGCCCGCCCUUCUACUUCUCCCACAACGAUGUCGUUUGGUCGGCUGCCCACGAACACGUCCGCCUCGGCAUGGGUGCCCUCCGCCGCAUGUUCGAGGUCACCUUCAAGGACCUCACGGGCGGCAAGGGUAAGCUGCACACGCACGCCUUCGGCAAGCCUCAGGUGCCCACAUUUGAGUUUGCCUACCGCCUCAUGAGCCAGUGGCGCAACACCGAGCACGGCCUCGAGCGUCCGCCCCAAACUGUCUACUUUGUCGGCGACACCCCGGAGAGCGACAUCCGCGGCACCAACGCCGUCAAUGAGAAGGCCGAGAAUGACUGGUACAGCAUCCUCGUCAAGACAGGUGUCUACCAGGACGGCACCGAGCCUGCCUACAAGCCUCGUGUCACCGUCGACAACGUCCUCGAUGCCGUCAACCACGGUAUCCAGCGCGAGAUGCGCAAGCAGGUCGUCUCGUCGCUCAAGAAGGACGUCAUUGGCAUCCCUGAGGGCGCGAAGGCCGAUGCUAUGAUCGUGGAUGCCGAAGAUGCCAUCACGGCAUAAUACGCCUCCGCCUUUCCCCAUCAAUCAUCACACAUCCAUUGGUUGGCGUUUUUCGACUUUCGAUAUUUGGCUCAUAAAUUGGCGAGUUUUGCUCUUCAGCUCACGGCUUUACGAAUCACUGGCUCUUCUUUUCCUUUUCUCCCAUAUAGCAUCUGCGUCGAGACAGGAUCGAACAGAUAGAUUGCGGGCGAGGUGCAUAGACUAUAGACUGUGCUGCCCCUGCAUUUUGUUUUCCAGCUAGACUCGGGAAACUCCCAAAACAUCAUGCACCACCUUAUACCCUGAUGAGCAUGACAUCAUAAAUAGCAUAAAAAACAAUUUUCAAUGAACUUCACG